CCGGACAUUAAUUGCAUUAAUUGCUGCGAUGGAGGAUAUUUUCGGUGCCAUCGGAGAAGAUACCGCGGAAGUGCUUAAAGAGCAUGACAUAAAUACAGUCCCCAUUUUCCUCGUGCUGACUCAAGAAAUUGUGAUGAUACAGUUAAAACUGAAACUCGGUGCAUGGUUACGGAUUGAACGGGCACAAAAACAACUCCAAGAGCAGGAAAUCUUGCCAAAUAAGGUUGAACCUACGUCAGAAAACUGUCACAACGAUAACGAAAUUUUCAUCAACGAACAGAAAAUUAUUGAAAUCCUACAACGUGCUCCGACCUGUCAACGAUUGCUGUAUGGAAAAUUGGCACAGGGAACAUGUUUGGACCGUAAUGAGAAAAAUUUGAUUUGCAGAAUACUAUGUGCAGAAUUGUUUGCUACGGCGAUAAACAAAGGAUUAACAAUCAAAAGUGCAACAAAACAAAAAUUAGCUAUCUGUUUAGUGAACGCCUAUGAUUGCCUUAAGAGCGAUGUAAAUGGCAAACCCGCGGAGGCUGACUGGUACUGGGAACAUAAUGGAGACCAGUCUGGUUCUCAUACUGGGAUGAUCUACAACUGGGUAAGAAAUGAGCAGAACAAAUCUCCAGCAAAAUUAUCCCGCAAACGCCCUGCAGUCCAGGAAAUCACUCAGGAGAUUGUAGACGCCCUAACAGAACUCGAAGCUUUCACUGAUGACGAAGCAUACCGGCAACGUGUUUUUCAACUAUAUCAAAUAACCUACCCAUAUCGCAACGCCCUGCGCAAAAUGGAAGACUCAUCAACAUUAAUAAUGACUGAAUUUCCGUUGCUGGCAGGGUUCCAAGGAGAUUUGAUUCUGGAUGAAUACAACCACUUGAAUCCAGCGGGAGAAACGGUCAUCACUUUUGAAAACAUUGUGCCAUUAUGUUCCAUGCUAAACACGGAAUAUGAUGAUGUCGCUUGUUGUGGAGUACGUGCUCUAUUAAAGCUGAUGAAACAAUUAUCUCAACAAGGGCGCACAGUCCAAGCUGAUCCAUCGGGGUUACCGCCUCUAGAAGACUAUGCUUGUGUUUUCAUCCGAUGGAAACGGGAUGAAGAGCAUGAUAUUGAUUUCAUGAUGCCAAGUCCGUUCAUUUAUUGCAAUGCACUAGCUUUCGCAAUUGGGAAUUAUUUUGUCAUCGUGGAAGGAAAAAGCAUUGAUUGCGGGGACAACUUUUUUAAAGCGUAUGAUAUAUUGUAUAAGACGUAUAAAACGUACAAUUUCCCGACGCCACAUAAAGCGAAAAAAGUUUUUGAGUUUUUUGAUAUACUUGUUUAUCAGGCGUAUAAAUUCAGCCGAAUUGCUACCGUUAACAGAAUGGUAGAGCGUAUACGAACAGCUCUCAAGAGAGACAAUUAAAUCUUCAUUACUGAAAUCAAAAAGAGAGAAAACAACGCACAAAAAUAAAA